AUGAUCCGGAUCCCGCCUGCCCACUACAUUCACGUGCUGAAGAACACCUACAUCGCCCGUGUCGAGAUUGGCCCGCAAACGUUCCGCUGCCUGGACAAUGAAAGGUUUCUGUUCGCGCCCGUGCCCAUGGUCAUGGUGCCCCCGCGCCACUACUGCGUGGUUAAGCUCAGGGACGCUGACCUGGACAUCCGUCUCACCGGGGAUCCCUUCCCGCUUCACCCUGGCGAGAAGAUCCAGCAGGACGUGACCCCCCUGCAGGUGGUUCACCCCAACACAGCGCUCCGUCUGCAGGCGCUAACCGACUUCGUGGACGGCGAAGAAAGGCGCGUGGAGGGAACCGAGUGGCUCUUUGAGGGACCCGGCACGUACAUCCCGAGGAAGGAGGUGGUUGUCCUGGAGACCAUCGAGGCCACGGUGAUCGGCGAGAACCAGCCCAUAAGACUGCGAGCGCGCCAAGAGGGCGUUGACCGCAGGGGAGUGCUCCGGGUUACGGGUGGGACACGCCUCCUUUCUUUUAUCUCACUUCCUGUUUGUUUGUGGUGGCUGGAAACUUCCAAGCCUGACCUGGCGCCCGUCUUACGUUCAGGUGAGGAGUGGGCUGGCCUCUGGCCGUCGUGA